CUGACCACACUACCAAACUUGAUCCCUUCUUUCUCAGAUUUCAAUUCUCUUUUGAUUCCAAAACUUUCACUCUCCCAAAUGGCACCCACAACAGCCAACGUUGCCGACGAAGCCAAAGUAGCAAACAUCAAGACACUUACGGGCUCCGAACUCAACUCAGUACCGUCGGAGUACACCUACGUCAAGAACCCCAACGAUCAAGCUGAUGCAAGCGACCCAGAACACUCAAUCCCCACCAUCGAUUUCGCCCAACUCACCUCCAGCUCCCCCGAACUCCGGUCCAAAGCCAUUGAAGAGCUAGGCAGAGCUUGCCAGGAAUGGGGCUUCUUUCAGGUGAUCAACCACGGUGUGCCUGAGAGCCUGUUGAAAUCGAUGAUCGAGGUAUGCCACAAGUUCUUUGAUCUUCCUGAGGAGGAGAAGAAGGAGUUCCAAUCAAGGAAGCUGUUGGAGCCAAUCAAGUGCGGGACAAGCUUUAACGUUGCGAUCGACAAAGUUCGUCUGUGGAGGGAUUUCCUCAAGGUCAUAGCACACCCGGAGUUCCACUCACUCCACAAACCCGCUGAUUACAGUGAGGUUUCAUUGGAGUUCAGCAAACAAACUCGACAGGUUGCUACCGAAUUGUUGAGCGGAAUAUCAGAGAGCUUGGGGUUGGAGGCCGAGUACAUAGCCAAGGCCAUGAACUGGGACCGGGGCCUACAAAUCCUCGCCGCUAACUAUUAUCCGGCGUGUCCCCAGCCCGAUCUAGCCAUUGGAAUUCCCCCUCACACCGAUCACGGACUUGUCACUCUCCUUAUUCAGAAUGACAUGGGUGGCCUUGAAGUGCAGCACAACGGCAAAUGGGUCCUCGUUGAUUGUGCUCCGGGUGCUUUUGUUGUUAACAUUGGUGACCAAAUGCAGAUCUUGACUAAUGAUAAGUACAAGAGCGUAUGGCAUCGGGCAGUUGUGAACAACAGAGCUACAAGGAUCUCCAUAGCAGUACCACAUGGACCUGCACUUGAGACUGCUGCUCUGCCAAUCCCGGAGUUGUUGGGUGGCGAAGCACCAAAAUACAUCGGAAUGUCAUAUGAAGAGUUCAUGGAACUUCAGGCAAGCCCCGCGGCGUACAUGAUGCCUUGUUUAGAUCACCUGCGAGUCAAGGCCGAGUAAACCAAGUCAAUGGCGAUUUGAGGUUUCAGAUGAGCUUUAAUCUGGAUCUUGUGGGUGAAUAUUUCUUUCUAGUUAUUCAUAUUUCUAUUCAUCGUACGUAUUUCAAUAGUGAAUGUGCUGCAUCUGUAUGAGUGCGAGAUUUCAGUUAUUACACAGUUGUAACUUGUAAGAGUGGCAUUUUGCCCAACGCAUGUAGCACGAGUUCCGAAUUAAUUAUACUUGUAUCUUCAUGUUUAUAAUUGCAUCAAUAUCUUGCUCGAUUCA